CAGCUUUCUUUCCCUCCCUCCUGCAUUCUGUCGACCAACCCCCACCUCAGUUUAAGCUGUGACUUGGCCACGCAGGAGGCCCAGCUGGGAUCUCUGAUAAGGUCUUUAAAAGCACGAUGUUUUGAACUCAUAUUAUUUACUUAUAGGAGAAUGUUAUUCUUUAGGGUCGUGGAGGAGGGGCCCAUCUCUUUUCUUCAGCAGCAGCACAUUCUAAAAAGAAGGCGUGACUACUGGAUCAGAUAAUGGCCUUUUCCGGUGUCCACGGCUACCACCAGAUUUUGCUUUCUCACUCUCUGGCCUUCAGCUGCUAAUAUUUCCUACUGCGCAGGCUCAGACCCCCCACCAAGCCCACAGAACCCAAAUAACAUCUACGCGUGCGUAGAGGGGCGGGACCCGAAUCGACAACGUCCAAUGAAGAAAGCGGAUGUGCCCUUAGAGUCCUGCCUACUGACCCAGAAGCCAAUCAAAGCCUAGGCGGGCAGUCUAGCAGAAUCCAAAGGCGUGGUGGGCGUCAGAACCAUGGCGGACGCGGAGAAAAACGCUGUUGCGGAGAAAAACGCUGUUGCGGAGGAAAACGCCGUUGCGGAGGAAAACGCCGUUGCGGAUAAAAACGCAACGAAAGAGGUUCUGGCUGAGGCAGCAAGCGUUCUGGAACCUGUAGGAUUGCCGGAAGAAGCAGAGCUGCCUGCCAAGAUCAUGGAGGAAUUUAUGAGGAACUCUCGGAAGAAAGACAAGCUGCUCUGUAGCCAGCUUCAAGUAGUGAACUUCUUACAGACUUUUCUGGCCCAGGAGGAUAAUACUGACCAGAACCCAGAUGCUCUGGCUUCUGAAGAUACAAGUCGACAAAAGGCAACUGAAACUAAGGAGCAGUGGAAGGAGCUGAAGGCAACAUACAUGGAUCAUGUGGACGUCAUCAAAUGUGCCCUGUCUGAGGCCUUGCCCCAGGUUAAAGAGGCACACAGGAAGUACACCGAGCUUCAGAAGGCUUUUGAGCAACUUGAGGCUAAGAAGCGAGUCCUUGAGGAGAAACUGCAGUUAGCUCAGAAGCAGUGGGUGCUGCAGCAGAAGCGUUUGCAGAAUCUGACAAAGAUUUCUGCUGAGGUCAAGAGACGCCGGAAGAGAGCUCUGGAGAAGCUUGAUGGUUCUCACCAGGAACUUGAAACCUUGAAGCAGCAAGCAGGACAGGAGCAGGAGAAGCUGCAGAGGAACCAGAGCUACCUCCAGCUGCUGUGCUCCCUGCAGAAUAAGCUGGUCAUCUCUGAGUCCAAGGCCGACGACAAAGAUGUCAAAGGGCCCGCCCUUCCACCCAAGUCUCCGUAAAGGUAAGCCCUGUCGGUUUACCAGGCUGCAGAGCAGAGAAGAAGAGGGAAACCAUGAGAACUAGAGUUGACUUGGCAGAUUGAAAGACGAGCAGGGAACUUGAUCCUCCUCCUGCCGACACACUCCAUUGAUAGCUCUCCAGGUGAUGGCUGUAGGACAGAGAUCCUCCAGCAGAUAGAAGCCAAGUCAGGAUUUGGUCCUCCAACUGCAAAGAUAGAAAUCCUCUCCAUCCGAAUUCUAGAUCUGAGGAGGGAAAGAGAAUGGUUAGGAUUGUCAGACCCCGGAUUAGGCCCAGACCACACCCAAACACAUGUGGUCACAGAGAUUCUUCAUUAGACAGGGACGAAAAGUUAGUGUCUGCUUUCUGACACAGGCAGAAAAACAGCAAAUGACCUCACAGGCCUAGUUUUUAAAAAGAGAAAAGGGAGGGAGGUUUGGUUUAGAAUGGGCUAAGAUGUGGGACUGGGGCGGGGGGAGGGGGUGUAAAUCUUGAUUGGGUAUCUUAAUCAGGUGAGCCAAAGGGAGCUUUUGAUUGAUGGACUUCAAUACUUUGAUGGCUGGACCUUCCUUGUGUGCCAGCCUCAGAAGGAGGAAGUGGCCAAGUAAGAGAACAGACGUUGGUGGCCAGCCUUGAUGUUUUUAAAUGUAGUUUAAUAGUUUUUAGCAAGGCAGAGGGAAUGGGGGAGAAGGACAAGGCCUGCUAAAGCCAUAUAUUUUUAGAGAACGCCAUUUGUAAUAAUUGCAAGUUUUGAUUAGACAGGGAAGUAGUUGUAGGAAAAUGUGGUCUUUGUUGUUUCUUAUGGGUUUGGAAUUCCUUACUUUGGAAUUGUGUAAUGUUUGUUUUCCAUUUGUUCCUUUUUCUCCACUUACAUCUUUAAUGCAAGUGUUCAGAUCUUCAGCUGUGGCCCUAAUGUACUGUCAUCGUUCCAUUGACCUUGCUGGUGUUUUCAGCACUCACGUUUAGAUGCACAGUGGCCUGCUUUAGUCUUUACCAGUCCUUGGCCACUUUAUCUCCACACGAAUACCUUUAACUAGAAAUGCCGCAUUUCAGUAUUACUGUAACCUUGCCAGCACCCGUACUUACUGUUGCCUUGAUGUCAGUAUUGAGUUUGAGUCUGUCUUAAUCCGUAGUUAUGUCUGCCCCUUGUGUGCAUGUUUAGGGCCACUGCUUACAGAUCGGGUUCGGCAGUGCUUUAAAGAUUUCAUAACUCUCAGUUCUGUGAAGAAGGGGAUUUGAUAUUUGUGCUGUUUUACUAUAAUUACUAGUUUUUGGUUUUGUUAGUACCUUUGUUUUAAUGUGUUGGUUUGUUGAUAUUCCCUUUGUCCUGUUCCUUGCUUAGAAGCUCUUCGCCAUAAGUUCAGCUAUCAUUAGCCUAAAGUUAUGUGUAUGGAAUAUUGAUCCUUAAGCACAGAAUGAACCCUGGGAGGCAUUGCCAUUGGUAUCGAACCCCACCUUUAACUAAUACAGUUGUCCUCCAUAUAACUUCUAGCCUGUUUGUAUUCUCACAUAUUAAAAAUUUUAGUCAAUCAAUGCUAUAUUCGUAUCUGCAUGGGGAUUUUGAAUUUUCUCUAUCUUGGUUUUAUAUUACAUUGCUUUCUUAUAGGGUAACUUCAUAAAGAAAUGUUUCAUAAUUUCCUUUAGAAAUUUGUCUUUGCUACUUUUCUCUGGGUGUGAAGAGACUCCAUGACCAAAGCAAUUUAUAAAACAAAAAAGCAUUUAACCUAGGGCUUCCUAAGGUUUCAGAGGGUGAGUUCAUGACCAUUAUGGCCGUGAGAAUGACAGCAGCAGGCAGGCAGACAGGCAGGCAGGCAUGGAGCUGGAGCAAUAGCUGAGAGCGUGAAUCUAGCCCAUACAUAGCAGGCAGAGAGAGGAGAGACUGGGGCUUCUGGCCUGGGCUUUUGAAACCUCACAGCCUACCCACAGUACCACAUCUCCUAAUCCUUCCAAAACAUUGCCACCAGCUAGAGACCAGACAUUCAAUUAUAUGAGCCAAUGGGGCCCAUUCUCAUUCAAACCAUCACAGAGUACAAAAGAUUUUAUAGCAUAAAAAUGUUUUUGUUUCAUCUCAAGGUAGUUCCUGGUACUCAGCUAUACAUUUCACAUCUCUUUUUAUGAUAUACUUUUCUGUUUUCUAGCAUUAUCGAUGUAAAUUGGAAAAAUAGUAUAUAAUAUCAAGAUAUAUAACAUGUUUUGAUGGAUGAACAUGCUGUGAAGUGAUUACAUUAAGCCUAAUGUAUUUUUCCACAUACUUUUCUGCACUGAGACUGACAGAUGCACUCUGUCAGAAUAUGCCUUUACCAACAAUCCUAGAAUAUUCUUAGCCUUGUCUCAGUAACAUUCACAGUGCUGUGUUUUAAAGGAGCAAUCCGAUCAAUUACCUUUUUUAACUUUUUUUAAUUUUAAUUUUUGAAUUUUGAGUUUUCAAGAUGUUCUAUGAGAGCCCAGUUUUUGUCCAUCUUAAGAAUGGUGCUCACAGCAGUCGUCGUCUCUCGGCGAGGCUACUGGUUUACAGCUUCAGCUUGCUGGCACACUGCCUUUCUGCAUGGUCCCAUUUGUUUAUGUCUGAGUAAUCUUACCUUUGCCAGUAGGCUUUGCUUCAUCCACAGUGGGAAGGACUGUGCUGGUGGUUCAUGGUAUCUUGUGUAACCAAGCUUGUAAAGAUUUUAAAUUAUGUAUUUGUGCCAUUCUCUUAUCUGUGUGCUAUCCUAGUUGACAGUUUUGUUGUCUGUUGGGUUUAUUAUUUAUUUAUUUUGGUUUUUUGGUUUGUUUUCUCUUCUCUCUAGAAUUUCCCAAAAGGCUUUUAUUUUGUCUUUCCAAACUCUAGCUUUAGGCUAAGGGUCCAGAUAAUGCUGUAGGCUCUACAUUUAAUUCACAACUCCAUAAAACAGUAAGAGAAAUGACAGAAUACUUCAGAUUUUGGCCUCUUUUUUUUUUUUUUGCUGCUUUUUUUUUUUUCUUUUUAGCCCAAUCAUUAUUUUUUAUUUCUUUCUUGAGGUGGGUCUUGAGCACGUGGAGGGGAGGGGGGAGGGGAAUGGGGAGAGAAGGGACAGAGGGGAAGAGGGGAAAAGGGAAAGAACAAGGAGCAAGACAAUAUAUUUUUAAUAUUGGAAAUUUAGACAAUAUUUGGUAGGUGGAAAAUAAAUGCCCUUUCUUUACUGUAUAGGGUUAAAUGUUUUAUUGAGAUAUUGAUAUUCUAUAAAUUUGUUCUUCUAAACUUAGGUACCCAAAAGUAUACUAAAUUAUCAGUAUAUAUUAGAAAUAGCAUUAAUGGUAACAUUAGAGAUUCCUGCUAAUUUUCAAAAUGGAAAUUCUUGUUUCAUUGUUAGUCCUUUCCCAUUUCCCAGAUGAAUAUAUUUCACUCCUAUUUUACAGAAUUUAUGUAACUUGCAUUAAAAUGUCUCUUCCUUUAGCCUUUUUGUGUCUUUUUUUUAAAUGCAUAAGUUUUCAAAUACAAGUGGAGUGUGAAUUUAUAUACAUUGAUUUCAUCAUGAUUCUUAGCCCAGUCUUUGAAUGACCCAUUGGAUACUUAGACUGUUGGGCUCUGAAAAACUUACUGUUUGGAUUCUUAGUCCAUUAGCUAACAAACAUGCUUCAUGGAGACACUCUGGACUAAAUCAACAGUUUUUUUUUUUUUUUUUUGAAGCCUUUUUCAAAUUUAUUUUGAGGAGCAUAAUUACCCUACCUUAGUUGAAUUAAUAAGAAAGUCUUUUUACUUCCUGUGUACUGGACCAUACAUACUUUGUCAUCAUGAAUCAGUGUACGCUUUGAUUUGCGAUGUAUUCACACUUAAAACGUAUUUGGCAAACAUUUGUUGUAUAAUAUUACUAGUAGACUUGGAGGGUUUUAGCUUAGUUUCAAACAUGUAACACCCAGAGGCAAAUACCCAAUAUUUACUGAUGGCGCACACAGUCCUGAGCAUGGGAAACAGUGGUCUUGUACUCUCUAGGCUUAAGUUUAGAAAUGGGAAGGAAAAAAUCAGAAAAAUAAAUUCUAUCCAGAAGUGAUAAUACCUUCUACCAUUUAAGACUAAGAAAUAGAAGGUUUUGGCCACAUCAAGGAUGACUGCACAUGUCAGGCUGAAGAAACAUCAGAAAUGGAAUGCAGGAGAGACAGACGAGGGCAGGCAGGAGUACUAGGAAGACAGGAGAACGGGACCAGGGAGAGGUCAUAAUACAGCAGAGGGGGUGGAGCAUCUAAGAGCUUGCACCCCCAUGGCUAUGCGGUAGCCUACACACAGCAGCUGCUGAAGAAGUUUCUUUGGCACAAAAUCUUCGAUUGCAUUUUACCUCAGGAAAGUCACGGCACCAGUGUUUCAGUUCUUGGCAAAAUGUGCAUUAGAGAAAACAAAAUACGUACUUCUGCCCGCAUUGCUUUUUAAGGCUGUAAUGGCAGUAGCAGAAACGCUGAGAUCCACUUUGGGCAGUUAGAUAGGACAUGAGAGCAGGAUGGAGUAGCAUCGAGAUGGAGCCUCUUGUUUGCAGUGUGCUAUGUGAAAAGCCUGCUUUAAAAGAAAACAGUGUAACUGAGCUGCCAGCAUAUUACACUCAGGGAUGAUGACUAAGGCAGUCGAAUGUCUCUCAUAUUCCUAGAUGGUGGUCUUUACUAAUUUAAAAAAUAAGGAAAAUAAGGCACCACCUAUUUUUACAGUAGAUCCUUCAUGGUAAUAGUCACUAAGAGUUCAUGAAUGUUGGGUAGUUUCAGUGAUGCAAAAUCCUUUCUUGUGUCUGAGUAAUAAUAAUCUACCUAUCAUGCUUAUAUGCAAGUAUGUUCUCUUAUAUGUAUGUAUGUGCUAUAUCGUAUGCACCUGGAAUAUGAGGAAUCCCAACGAGAUCGCUGAAUCUCGGAACUGGAGUUAGAGAUCCUUACUUGUGAGGCCCCAAAUGGGUCCUCUACAAGAGCAGUCAGGACCCUUGACUGCUGGUCUUCUCUCCAGUCCCUCACUUAGGAUGUGCUUUGUGAAGGUUCUCUGCCUCCACUCCUUCUGUAAUCUCUCGUCCUCCUGUCAAAUUGAGAAGUGCCAGGUAAUGUUUACAGAAGGCUUCUCAUUUCUGACCUGAACUCAUUCAUCUGGACAAUUUUAUUUACCUGUAAACAUCCCAAGUAUAAUGUCUGCUAAAGAUGUGAUUAAUAAUUAAACUGGAGAUGUUGAUUUUUUUUUUUUAGUGUAGUUUCUGCAUAUCCAGAUAAUUGAGUUGCCAUAGAAAUUCCUUAGAAGUGAAAUGCAGGAAAAUUUUUUGUAAGAGAUGUCUACUGCAUCUGUUUCUAAAUGUAUUACUGCGUGUGUGGGUGCACGCACAUGCGUGGAAGCACUUGUAUGCCCAUAUAGAGGCCAACAACUCUUGUGACUUGCAUUAGGUAGGUGUACAGCACAGGUACAGUGCUAUCUGAAAAUAGACGAGGGUAAAAUGUGGCAGAAACUCCACAGUCAGUGAGACCGGCAUAGCUUCCAGAACGGUGGAGGAGUCCAGAAAGCAGUAGCCCUGACACAGGAUGGCGAGUUGUGCCUUUGGGACCUGUUAGAAGGCUAAUCGGGAGAGCAGAACAAAGAAAUGCAGAAAUGAAAUAAUGCCUGAAGCGCUCAGCCUGGUGGGCUUUGUAGGCUGUGGUUGGGAGUUUGUUUUAUUCUGUGUUAAGAAGCUAGCAAGGAUUUUGAACGAGACAACUAUGUAUAUGUGAUUUAAAGCUGCUCUAUGAGGCAGGUGAUUGGGGUUGAUCAGUGUAGUACUUUUGGAGGAGCAGUAAAUAGUGAGAUGUGGAGACGUAGGAAAAGAGCUCACCAGUGCGCACCUUCUGAAUUCCUGAUGGAGAAACAGUGCACCAGUGUUGUAUGGUGAGUUGAAAGCCCGCUGAGCCCUGUCUUAUUGGACCAGAUUUAUCUAGGCAGGGUCUUAAUGGCCUCUUAGACCUCUUAAGACACUGUGUAGUGUAUCCAAAGAGAAACUGUGGUGGAAUAGUACAAGCUAACAGCAGGAAAAGCCAUAGUCUCCAAAUACGAUGCUGCUGUAGCCCUGGGAGAAUGGCAGACUGCUGCUGUCAAGCUGCCUUUCCUCCUUUCCAGCAAUCCUCUUGUCUUGGUUGCUGACAGAAGGCUUUGAUGGAGUAGGAUACCAUGUGUCUUUGCUUGACCUUGGUGCUCAAGUUUGCUACAGGACACUGGUGGGAAGAGCAAGCAGACAAGCGUGUAGCUGGGCCUCUGUGGGGGGAUGCCCUGCUGAAGCUCCAGAUGGAAGUCAUCUGCAUUCCUCAGGGGGGGGGCAGCUGCUGCCCCGGACAUGUUAGACUCCUCACAGGGAUGUUUGUCCUUGGGACUCGCAAUUCUGUGGCUUAGAGUCAGAAAAUUCCAGGAUUUAGGUACGGAGAAAUAGUUUAAAGAUUUUUAUUUUAUUCAAAAUUACAAAUAAGAACUCUAGUGUGUAAAUAAAUAUCAAAGCUAAUCUUUUGGAGGAUCCUGGGCCAAGACAUUUGGAAAGCAGUCACACCGUCAGAGCCAUUGAUGGUCUAUUACUUUAAGACUUCAUCUAAUUUAGGAAAAUAUAAUGAAGCAAGAUUUUAAGUUAAUAAUCUUGAUCAUUGAGUUCUAUCAUUUUUGGUUUGUAUGUGUAUGCGUGUACACAUGUGUGCGUGCGUGUGCACUUGUUCAUAUACAUGUGCAUCUGUCCUUAUGUGGAUCUGAGCAUGUGAAUUACAGAUAUCUGUAGAGGCCAGAAGAAUGUGUGGGUGACAUUCCCUGGAGAUAGAGUUAAAGGACAUUUGUGAGCUGCCUGACUGGGUGCUGGAAACUGCCCUGCUCCUCUACAAAAGCAGCAAGAACUCGUAAGUUGCAGGCUCUCCGGCUUUGAACCCCAUCUUUCACACAGCAGAUGCAGUUGUUCCUGGAAUUUUCUAUUGACUAUGACAUAGGAAGGCUUCUUGGUUUGGUUGCGGUUUUGAAAAAUACUUCUAUAUAUUCACUUUCUUUAAAAAUUUAUAUUAUUUAGAAUUUAUAUAUUAUAUAUGCAUAAUGUAUACACAUAUACUCCCUGUUCUAUCUAUUUAACAUAUAUAUAUAUAUUUGAGACAUGUAGAUAAUUUUAGCAAAAUUCUAAGACUAAAUUUCAAGGUUAGUCCUAUAUGUCCAAAUGUCUUCUUUCUGAGACUUGACUAGAAGUGACAUCUGUCCUGAGUCCUCAGGGGACAUGUGUGGGAUGGUAUGACAUGUGCAGUCGGGAUGUGAAGAGCAUGAAUGUGUCAGUGACGUUGGAGAGGAUGUUUUGCGAGUCCUUUUUUUGUUAGCCUACUGUGAAAAGUGACAGGAAUGACUGCAGCGGUGUGUCGUCCUGCCUGUGGUUCCUAAGUGCGGAUACAAACUCCAGAGCUUGUGCUCUCCGAGUGCUUCCAGAGCAGGCGCUGUGCAGAGCUUUCCCCACCCGAGCACCAUAUGUGCUGCUCCCUCACGUGUCGCCUCGCCGUGCAUCUUCCUGAUGUCCUGUCACAAACCUCUCGAGUGACGCUUUGAGUUGUGCAACCAAUAGUAAUACAUGUUUUGUGUGUUGGUUUUUGGUUGGUUUUUGUUUUGUUUUUGUAUUUGAAAUGAGGCUUUUGGGUAAAUUAAUGACAAAAGUGACAUUCUCCUAAAUAAGGGAAAUAACUAGCCCUUAGGUAACGGGACUUGCAAAUGCUGACACAGAUGCUGGAAGCGAAGCCGUGGGCUUACGAUCCUGCAAGGUUGUGCUGAAAGCAUCAUGGAUGUCCUGCAGAAGGGGCCAGGCGGCUUCCUGUUAGUUCCUCAUGCUGGACACUGUUGCGUGAAGUAGCAUGACCCUCUGCUCAUGCUGUUUUUAUCUCAGCACAAGGUUCAGUGAGAAACUUUAGUGGAUGUGUGUGAUGGCUUUGUCAGAUACCAAUUCCUGUGAAAUACUGUGUCAACGUAGUCCAUGCAUAUUUAUCUAAUAAUAAUAAGCCCAAACUUAAAGUCGUUUAUAUAUUAAAGAUAGCUGAAUUGGUGCUCAUAUUGAGUAAUCCCUUCAAAAUGACUUGGGAAAGAAUGAUGCUGGAUUUAGAUGCUAAGCUCUGAUGUGGCUUCCUGCGUCAACUGUGUGCAGUGAGGGUUCUAUUUAUAAAGCUUGAGUGUUUGGUAGGAAUCUCAUGUAGUACACAAAGAGUAACACAACUUUCCCAAAGGUCUCAUCGUAUCGUAUUUUGUGAAAUUAAGUCUAUUUUGUUUUCUCAUAGUUUUACCAGCACUCAUUGUUUGUGUUACGAGAAACAAGUGCCCACUCUUGAGUGUGCUGUGAAUUCUCUUUGAAAUUAAUAGAUGUGGUGGUGCAUACUCAUUCUCUUUAUCCGUGGAAGGCCAAGACAGGAGAAUCAUUAUUAGUUUAAAGUUUCCCUGAGCUAUAUAGAAAGUACCAGAUCAGCCUAGAUACGGAGUGAAAUCUUUUCUCAAAUGUUAGUGUCCACAUGCACACGUGCACACAUGCACACACAAGUGCACAUGCAGUAAUACUAUAAAACAAAAAACUUUACCUUCCUCAAUAAAGUCUCAGCUCAGAAAGGCUGGCUUGACCACGAGCAGGUACUUGAAUUGCCCAGAGUUCUGAUAUCUGAAAUCUAAGACACGAUAUGUCAGAACUGGAAAUGAUUCCCCUCUCGUGUGCCAUCUGUGAGGGAAUUUCCUGUCACAAUUUAAAAUAUUUUCCUCUAUAAGGUUGAAAACACUGAUGGGUGAAAUUUGCCUUUUUACAUUGCAUUUAUGGAUCAUCUUGAGAAAGAUAUAAGUGAGUGCUACCAAGCCACGCAGUGAGGGGAGAUGAAGCAGCUUUGUAAACCGCAGUUAGAUCCACCCACUGCACAGCUGUCCAGCAAGGGAAGCAUUGAGUGAGAAGACAGGGAGGGAGGAAGAGCAUUCCAGGGGGCGUGGCAGUUGCGAUGGGGUGGUGUUUGUUAGGAAAAUGCAUUAAGUAGACCAAGAUAAUUCUGCACUAAGAUAAACAAAAAGCCAUAGCAUGGGCUGGAGAAAUGUCUCAGCUGUUAAGAGCACUGACUGAUCUUCCAGAGGUCCUGAGUCAGUUCCCAGCCACCACAUGGUGGCUCACAACCAUCUGUAAUGGGAUCUGAUGCCCUCUUCUGGUGUGUCUGGUGUGUCUGAAGACAGCUAUAGCGUACUCACGUACAUAAAUAAAUCUUAAAAACAAAAGCCAUAAUGUGAAGACUGAGCCCAUGCUCUUAACACAGGAUCUCUCUGACUAGAUUCUGUAAAAGAAUCUGUAAUGGGGAUUUAUUAAAAGGAAUGACACGAGAGUGGGUAUGUGUGAAGAAAGAAAUGUAGAGAGACGUGGUAAAUGGGCCUUGAUGACCAAGCUAGCAGGACACUGGCUGUGAGCCUCUCUGAGGGAGACAUGUCAAUGAGAAGCUUUGAGUGUAUAAACUGAUCAUUACAAGGACCACAUUGUCUUCUCUAUACAGAUUAGACCAAGGAUGAUAGGUUUGAAAUACAGUUUCUUAGAAUUUAUGGUUGUAUUUAGCAAGAUUGAAGGAUGACUGAGAUCUGGGCAGGGUAUUGUUGCCAGAAACCUGUAAUCUUGUGGUUAUGGACAGUUUGAGGCUCCUUUUUAUUUAUACUACUGAUUGAACAGGAAGUGUUUGAACUGUGUUCCAAAGUUAUUUAUUCUGGUAGGAAACAGGCCAUUCCAUCCUCGUGCCACAAGUCCCUUAAUGUGUCAUCCCUGCAGUUAGGAAGAUUGAUAUUAAUAGAUAAUCGUGCCAUAGCAAAUUAAUAUAAUGAAAUUGGUGUGAAAUUCUGGCAUUGUCUGUCUCAGUACCCGAGUGGAUUUGUAUACAAGCCUCAGUGUAGGUGAUGCAUACUGAAGCGGUUAUAUGUUGACAGUAACUCAUAAAGUAGUGGGACUUUAUUAUGGUCUUGCUUAGUGCUAUAGAUUAAUAAUGCCCUGCCUCUUAAGUUUUUAAUUUGAAACUUUCUUGUGGGAGAAGACACGUGAAAAUAGGAAUUAGACAGUUGCUUUCACCACGUGGGAUACCUUUGGGUUUAAAUUGUUUUAGCAUCUCAUUCUCUGUCUGUAAGCCGAGAUUGAUAACCUAAUUAGUGCACCAGAAACACGAGAUGAAAGCACGCCCUCCAGAGGGACAGAGGACUCCCAUUCUGUGUUGAAUUUCAAAUGUUUCCUUGUCAGUCCAGCUUGGAUUUUGAAGAACACCUAACACACUAUGAUCAAUGUCCCUGAUCAGGCAUCCUGUCAGGAGACGAGAAUUGAUUAGAGGAUGUCCCAGUUCUUUCAGAAUCCAAAUAGUAGUGGGGGAAAUGCUAAUUUUACUGUAAUCCUGAUCAAAGAACCACAUACGUAGAGGGUACACACUUUUCAGGGUGACUUAGGAACUCUGGGUUUUGAGUUCAGUUAGCUACAGAAGUGCAGAACAUUUAGUAGGUGGGGGUGAAUGUUUUAGCAUUCAUUGGCAGAAUAUUCCAAAGCUUGUGUAUAAUUUAAACUUGAAAUUAAGGCGCAGCUUCCGGAGGAUGCCAAGAGACAUACUAAUGCAGACGGGAAAGCUCAGAGGAGUCCUCAACCAUAGAUAAAGUGGGAAUUCAGUGACUUGGAAAAAUAUUGUCUGCCCCAGGGAAGAGCACACAAAUUGGUUAUCCAAAACCAACUGGAUUUAGAUGGAUAGAGUUACUAUAUGGGGCAAAGUAGGUUGCAUUUAUGUGUUUAUGUGCGUGCACACAUCCACUACAAACGACUAAGAAAGGCCAUGAAUUUGGAAAAGAAAAAGGACUGAAGGAUUGGAGGGAGGAGAAGGAAGGGGAAGAGAUAUAACUGCAAUCUCAAAAA